AUGCCGGAAACUCAUUUAUCCUCAGUCAUCAACUAUGGCCUAGUCGAAUCAUACACCAAUGGCCACUAUGUUGAGGUUUUCUCUCGCAUGUACGACCCCAGUGGAGAGCCCCUUCGGAAGUUGAUCGAGUUGCUUGGAUCACUUUGCCAGCCCUACUUCAGAGCAUACGCGCGUUACAGGGGCGACGAUCUGGAUUCAGAGCUGCGGGAUAAUACGCAGAUUCUCUUGCAACUGAAUCAGAAACAAUUGUCCAAAAUUUCCCCGGACCAGCAGCCCUGCGAAGAGUAUCCUAUUCGGCAUACAAUCGAGACCGAUCUCCCAAGUUAUCAGCUUUCAGCCGUCACAAGAAUCAGGACAUUUCAUGAGCGCAGGACAUACGAGGUCUCUAUCAAUGGGACCAACUACUUUUGCAGAAUAGCUACAGGCAGACAUGACCACAUGUUUCAAAACGAGUUUAAUGCAUUGAGAAAAAUCAAGAAAUGUGGACUGUCUCUUCGCGUGCCUGAACUGACGGGAUUUGUGGGGGUGGAAGAACAGCUACCAGGGAUACUGGAAACAUUCUUUCCUCAUCAGUCGCGUCUCUCUGAUAUUGAUAUGGCUGUGGCUGAACUCGACGAGCGCCGUAAGUGGACGGCUCAGAUAGGUGAUGCGGUCCGUAGACUUCAUCAGCAUGGUAUCGCUUGGGGUAGGGCAGACGCGUCAAAUAUCCUGAUCGAUGACCACAGGAACGCAUGGCUUGUGGACUUCCAAGACAGUCUGCUCACGCGUGAGCCAUCUGAUAUCGAAGAUAUUGAAGCUAUGGAUGCUGCGAUCGAUAAAGACUUGAAGGAUCUAGACAAGAUCAAGGAGUUUCUGUGUCUAUCGGCAUGA